AUGGAUGCUUUCUAUAUAGACCCGAGUGUACAAGACUCACGUCAAUGCAGAUCAAGAUCCAACAGUCGUCUCUCCUCGACUGCCGCACAGCUCCAGGGUUUGAAUAUUACCAACCUAUCGCCUCCAAACGAGCAAGGAAGAACUUCCUCAGGCAGUCAUCAAUCUCCCAACUUUCGCACUACAUCAUCUCCAGAGUUCCUUGAUCAAGGCUCCCAUCCUUCGCCCAAAACUAUUGUAACAGCUCCAGUUCCACAGCAGUACACCCCUUUUCCACUUCUUUCUGAUAGUGACUUGGAUGCCAACUGGUCCUACCUCAACGCAACUGAAGAGCAUUCGGGUUCUGCGCCACUACUUAGGCUCGACCCUGCCCAAUCUUUCCAGGGAGAGCAUCAGCAUCUUAGUGAUCAGAGAUCCAUACGCUCAAAUUCCAAUCCCGCAACCAUGAGCACUCUCGGUAUCCAGCAAUUUGACUCCCGGUUUGAUGCCGGUAUGCACUCUGGUAUUCGUCAUACUUAUACAUGGCCUCAAUUCGAGAUGAAUGAUCAGUUCAUUCCUCAAAAUCAGAACCUUAACCCUGGACAGUUGACUCCAUCGCUAUACGAUGAACCAAAGCUUCUUCCAGUGUACUCGAGAUCUCUUUCAUCCAGUCCCCCUCGGGCCAACCUUACUCCAGAGCAGAGAGAGCUGAAGCGACAGCGUGACCACGCUCGACGGGAUUCGAAGACUCAACUGAGGAGGGAGAGAUCCGCAAGCAAUACAAGCAAUCGUAGCAAUCCUUACAUUACAUCUCAAAACGGUUCCCCAGACUUGUUACCCAGGACACUUCCGGAAUACACAUCCAACCUUACUUCAUCUCCUCUCCUUUCACAAGGCUCGUUACAAAGCUCUCCUGCCUUGGGAAGCAACUCUUUCCUCGCCCCAUAUUCACCUCCAUUGAACGACCAUUCGUCCUCAGACAUCUAUGGACCAGUCUUCGCUCUGGGACCGAACGAUUUCACAUCGAACCCAGCAUACUCUCUACCUUUCUCCAAUACUGGUGGAGAGCCUGGAAUGCAAGCAUUUGCCGGCCGGCCGCAUUCUCUAUCUCUAUCUUCAGCUACCGAUCCAGCCAUCCAGUACCGAAACCAAGUGAGUCCUACGGUGGGAUCGACUGAAUCCGGCGACCAUGUGCGAGUUGUCCACAGCCGUCCUAAGCCACAAUGCUGGGAACACGGCUGUAAUGGGCGACAAUUUUCCACAUUUAGCAACUUACUUCGCCAUCAACGAGAGAAGUCCGGUGCAGCACAAAAGUCAAGCUGCCCAAACUGCGGAGCUGAAUUUACGAGGACUACUGCCAGGAACGGUCAUAUGGCACACGACAAAUGCAAGUCACGGAGGAACUCAUAAACGGUCGGUUGUUCAUGCAUGCAUGCAUUCAUUGGGCGGCGUAUAUAUUUCGGACGGUUUACUGGAGUUAGACUAGAACACUCGUUUGGUUCAAAAUGGCCGCAGUGGGAAAACACUCGACGGUGGGACUUUUAUACCCUUCUUUUAGCAUGAUAUCAUAUUCGAUUUUUCAGAGAAUAUACAUUUACGAGCAUGGGUUAUAGCAAAGCCGAAUGGGAAGUGACACCUCCAAGCUGAAACCAUGGGCGCACCGCACAUUGGCUGCUAAAUGUCAAAUGAACCAAGGUGGGAAGAUGGGCAGGCAGUCCCGCGGAGACGAUAUUGAGACCGGGUGUUUAUUGUUCGAAACACUGCCAACCAUGCAGAGGCGAGAUUUAGUGUCUAGGUCAACGUUACCAGCUUGCCUGCCAGCCAGGUCAGGACAGGCACCUAGAGUGUCCCAAAUAAGAAGCACACAGGCAGCUUCACAUGGCCGCACGGGAAUGCGCAGUUCGACUUAUUUUCAUUUCAGGUUACAGUACCAGUAUCAAUACCAUGACCAGUAAACAACGCCAACGACAGAGGCAGACAGACAGCCAGCCAGCCAGUCACGGAAGAGUUAAAGAUGGACAGACGUUGACAGUACUGUACGGCGUGCUGUCGUUGGCGCACAUAGCGAGCAGGCACUUGCAAUGGCAGUGGUUUGGUUUGGUUUGGUUUGGUUUACAUAGCCCCUUUUUAAAAUAGAACAGCCGUUUGCUCAGGUUUUGGUCCUGGCCUUUUCAGUGCAGGGCAGGGCAGGGCAGGGCAGGUGGGGCAGGGUGUAGCGUGGUGUCGGGUGCAGGUGGUGUGGUGUGGCACCAAGCCCCUCUCCCGCUCCCU